CCGCCUCCGCCCACAGUGAGCACUCCGAUAAGCCGCCCGCAUGGUACAGCACAUGUGAGUGAAUAUUUAUAUAUAUAUAGUCGUAUAUGACUGAUUGUCUGCCGAGGCCCAAGACGUCGGUCGUCGUAAACAGCUUAUCAGGUCGGCGAGGCGAUGUGGUUACCCGUCGAAACCGCUGGAACGGCAACCAGAUCGAGAACCUGUCACAGACAGGGGCCGAGACACCGGCGGCAACAUGCAAUAAUCACCCGGUUGGGCAAAGUACACCGGCCGACCGACGUCAUCGUGGAACGCUGACGCAACGACCUUGUCGAACGGCCCACCUCCCGUCGAUCCCACGACCCACCCACCUUGAUGACGCCAGCCCAAUGUCCAACCUGCCGCCGGAUGUUGGACGACUUAGCUUUUCUUCGGAAUCUUGGAAUCCCACUGAGCAAUGCAGUGAUUUGGAUGGAAUGCAAAGCGGAACUGGCUGGGAUUACGAUUGGAUUUUAAUACGGAACUAAGGUGGGCUUACAAUAUUAUUUACCCAAAUCAAAAUGCCUAGACUAUUUAUGAACACUUUAAUGUAUACUAUUUUAUUCAAAGAUAUUAAAUUUUUAGUAAACCACCUGU